CUUGAAGUCCCUCCUCCUCCCACUCCUUCCCAUCUAGCGUCACCGUCUACUCUCUCUCGGAUGGCUUGGCCGCGAACGACCCACGCCUUGAUCAUUGCCGUCGCCAUCGCUCCUCCAGGUCGUUGCAACUGCUUAAAUGCUGCCCACCUUCAGUUGAGUCGUCUCAUUCUUCACUAUGCGUCGCUCAUGCUUAUCUUUCGUAGAGCACUGUGAGUGCUGCCGCAUUAAUAUUGAUGCAACAAUUCCCAUGAUCCGGCUUUCAUGUAUCUGGUGAAAGGAAUAUGUCUUUCGACUACGUAGAGCAUCGGGUUCCGAAGCAGACGAUUAUACCUUCGAAGUUUCUCGGUUUUAGGCCGGGGCAGGCUAUUGUCUAAUAGUUCCAGGUUUGGUCCUUCGGUUUAUCAUCAGUCGUCGUCCUACAAAGAUUUAUCGGUCAUGACUCAUUUUGCUCAACUCUCGUCGACGUCUUUCGACAAUCGGCAUUCAAGCCGCCCCUAUAUCGCUCUCGACGACGGUCACUCCCAACAGCACAGAUCAUACAGACCUCGUCACUACACGUGCGGUGACAGUCGUGACUAGUCACGCCAUACACCGCCGUCCGCGAGUCCUGUACUCGGAUCGUCGACAGCGUCCCCAGCAUCUUACCCUUUUAAUCGCAAAAAUGUCUGCCGCGAACAACUUUGGCUCCUUCAUGAACUCCCUGGCCUUCUUUGGUGUGGCCUUCAGGAUUGGUUCUAAGGCGCUGCCGCGCACGCAGAUGGAGAAGCUCGCGAAAACGCUGAAGGAGGCGAGAAAGGCGUGUGGAAAGGCGAAGCAGCUGCAGCUUGAUGUGGCGGCUUUCGAGGCAUCUUUUGUACGUCUCGAUGAUCAGCGCCGCAUCCUCUACAUCAAAACAUACUCCAUGACCUAUCUCGUUCUCUCUGUUGAUUACCGCUUCAUCUUGACCUACGAGAUUUAUGAGGCCGCUUGUGAGGCAAACCGAUUGAAGCAGGACAUCAUGUCUGCGAUCCGCCAGAAAGAAUCCGGCGUCGACGCGCAUAUCGGAGAGGCUGUUUGACGUUGCAGGCAAUGAGCGUCUGUGCAGGGAAAGUGCCGAAGUGCCCUUCUCUGUCUUGAUUCUCGUUUCCUUCUGCAACUCGAAUAUUUCUCGGAAGAUGGACUGGGUCUUGGAUGGUCUCAUAGAACAGUUUUGCUUCGUACUGUGCUUUGAUGUAUCUUGAAUAAAUG